AACAACGCAUGUUUCUACCGUGUCCUUUAUGUCGUCGCCACCUGCGCUCUCCUGGGAUUUCAUCUACCUAUAGCUGUUGAGUUUUCCUACCACCAGGACUUAUCACAAGCGACAUGCACAUCUCCAGCCUUUUAUAUCCAGCGCUGCUGGUUGCCAGUGGCGCAGAUGCUCUCCGCUCCGAUAGAGUCAAGCUAUCCAACAUACAAAGUCUCACCUUGCGCAAAGGGCAGCAAACAUCUGCGCGACGCGUCGACCCGAUUCCCCAGCUGAAAUGUAUCGGUGGUUCCGCUCGCGGCCUCUACGAACCCGAAGUAAUGCGCUGCAAGAACAGUGGCUCCGACUAUGAUGAAGACUCCAUACAAUGGACUUGCACCGCGUCGCUCCCCGAAGAAUUCAAGCUCGGUUCUACCGACGUCAUUUGCGAGGGCUACGACUAUCCCGAGGACCCGUAUAUACUGAAAGGCAGCUGUGGAGUCGAAUACCGACUUAUCUUGACAGAGAAGGGGCGGGAGAAGUAUGGCAAAGGGCGAGGGGGGUGGGAAGGCGAUGACGACGAUCGGCCCGAUGGUCCCAAGACUAUGGGCGAGAAGAUUGCAGCAGGUCUGUUUUGGCUUCUGUUCGGUGGUGUAGUGCUAUGGAUGAUUUAUUCCGCUUUCACGAAUCGCGCGCAAGCACAGGAUGGCGGUUUCGCUGGGGGCAAUCGGCCUGGCUGGGGCGGAGGUGGCGGCGGAGGAGGCGGAUGGGGCUAUGAUGACAACAAUGACCCACCACCACCGUAUUACCCCAACGAUCCCACCAACCCUAACAAUCCUAAAUCAGGAUACGGAACGACCCAAGGUUGGAGGCCGGGAUUCUGGUCUGGUGCCGCUGGCGGUGCUGCUGCUGGAUGGGCUGCUGGACGCUUUGCCAACCGUGGCAACAGGAGCUCUCAAGGUGGAGGGUGGGGUUCUGGCAGUGGAAGCGGCACCCGGUGGGACAAUGGUGGUGAAGGCAGUUCAAGGAGUUCCUCUGGAGACAGUUUCUCCAGCACGAGAUAUGAGAGUACUGGAUUUGGAGGCACGUCGCGUAGAUAAGACGUGAGCGCGAGUUGUGGAUUUUCUCAUUUGGCUCAAGAAUGAUACCCC